GAGGGUGAUUAUAACAUUUUAUAUAUUCUACUGACAGCUAUGCUGGUUUCUCAUGCUUCCAGUUUCUUCUUCUGUAGGGAUAUUAGAUGUGUUAACAUACUGGUUGAUGUGUGGGGAUCUGUGAAACUUGCAGAUUUUGGAUUGGCAAAGGCAAUCAAAAUGAAUGAUGCUAAAUCCUGCAAAGAAUCUGCUUUAUGGAUGGCACCUGAGGUCGUCAACCUAAAGAACAGAGGCUAUGGGUUGGCAGCUGAUAUCUGGAGCCUAGGGUGCACUGUUUUAGAGAUGUUAACCCGCCAGCCUCCAUAUUCCCACUUAGAAGGAAUGCAAGCUUUGUUCAGAAUUGGCAAGGGUGAACCUCCUCCAGUUCCAGAUUCUUUAUCAAGAAAUGCUCGAGACUUCAUCCUCAGAUGCUUCCAAGUAAACCCGAAUAAUCGGCCUUCCGGAGCACAGUUGCUAGACCAUCCCUCUGUAACGAAGCCACCUACUUCUUCUGGUUUUGCCUCACCUCGUCUCAACAACACACGGUCAUAAGGUUUUGCUAGGCCAUCCCUUUUGGUCCAUUGCUGAAGAGAGAUUACGAUCCCAGCACCUCAGCCUCCUCCCUCGCCCUCUCCAGCACCAUCGGCGGCUGGAAUUGUCACUGGAAACAUGUCGACAACCGGUGAACCUGCCCGAUUCUCAUAGAGGUUAUGAUCCCACCGAUUCUAGUUUCUUCCUAAUUUCCUCCAAAUUUUCUCAAUUUUAAGUCUUGGUGUAAUAUU